CUAGGUUGGUUCGCACUUAAUUCUUUGAUUAUGGAAUCUGUUUGCGGGGAGAGGAUGCGGUACCAUUCGUAAACGCCGAUGAUCUUGUCGCGCGAGCCAGGUGCAGAAACGACAUAGCUGAGCGGAUGAAUCAAGGAGGCAGUAGGAGUGUAGUAUUUGAGCACGGUUUCGUGAAGGAUCUUUGGUGCGGACGCAGUUGUAAGACUGUGUAAAAUGGCGGGUCCAGAGCUGGUCACGAGGAAAUGUCUGGCUUUUCUGUGACGACUGACGCGGUGUGCAUGGAUGACGACGUGAUCGACGACAUGACAUCAGACCCCCUGAGUGCGCUAUAUGAGUAGGUUAACUCGCAGUCUCUGGCCGCCAUUCCCGACAUAUCACCAUGCAGAACCCCCAAAGAGAGAUUGUGCAGAUCGCUCAGCUGCUGACUUCGUCUGCUGAGUCCGACGCACAGCAGAAAGCUGUCCUUAAUUAUUUUACCACCAACGCCUCCCUCCGCGACCCGCUCUGCGUCGUCGAAUCCAGUCCAAACUCGCGUGAUACGAUUCUUGGCGUAUACCAGUGGUAUCGUAUCCUCUCGCCCAAUACACGCAGCAAUAUCCAGAGCAUCUUAUAUGACAGGGAGCUGGACUUGAUCGACCUGGAGAUUGUCCAGGUUUUCAAAGCACGCUUCAGCCCAUUCAAACCUGCCGAAUCCCGGUUUUUGAUCCGUCUGUCUAUGCGAGAAGACAAUGGUUUGCACUAUAUUGCACGCCAGGAAAACUUUUUACAGCCUGACGACGUCUUAAACAUCCUCAUACCUCCUCUGGCUCCUCUCCUCAGGCUAGGUCUCAACGCUGCGGCUAUCGUGUACAACAUGAAUGCACGAGCCCUCCAGGCAACCGGACUCUGGAAGCCUGAUCCCAAAUUUGGGACUAGAGUCAGCGGAAGGAGCGUGCAGGAAUCAAAAACGAAUUAAAAUAAAUGAACUCAAGGUAGGCUCAAAAUGAGAUGGUUAUACGGACCUGCUUUUUAAAUCUAUCAUUAAACUUGACUCACUGAACGAACUUUGUAUUAUUAAAUAUGUCUGCAUGUAUCAAAUAGCGAUUACAUUUCCUUAA